UACCGCGCUGCGCGAACGUCACUCGCGCUGCCUGUACACGACGCGAUGGCCGCCAAGACGACAGGUCUGGUGGUGAAACGCCACAACAUCCGCAUCUGGUGUCACGAGUGUGACCUGGGGCGGCUGGCACGCGUGGUGUGGACGGGCCAGGGUGGGCGGCUACUCAGCGAGGUCUCCAGUCAGCCUGUGGUCAGGAAGUUCCUGGAGGCAGUGCCUUAUAUAAUGAAUACAAUCCGUGACAUCCACGAGGCCGUGAUCCAGAACAACCUGGAGAGGGUGAUGAAGCUGAGCGGGGACCCCGUCGUGCCCCAGAUCCUGUCCAGUCGGGACACACACAACAUGACCGUUAUGCACAAGGCAGCGGGUCUCGGCUAUAACGGCAUACUCAAGUACCUGAUAGAGCGGUUCCCUGAAGGUAUUAACGACGUGGACGAUGACGGCAAGACCCCUCUCCACUACGCAGCCACAGUGAGGGAUGACCAGCAUACUUAUAACACCCUGGUCAGCGCCGGAGCUGACGAGAGUAUUGUUGAUAACAAAAACAAAACGCCAGGCUAUUAUGUAAAUAGAACAACGGAAGUUGAUAAAAAUAUAUUUAAAAAUUUACCUGAGGCACCUAGAACGCCAUCAAGCGCAUACCCUGCUUCUUGGGAUUGGAAAAUCUUAGACGUAGAAUACGUACCUGAUUUACAUGCGACUAAGAAAACAAAUAAAAAGAAAAAUAUUAAAGCAUCAAAUGAAAAUAUUUCCUCGAAAAACAAUACUACCACUACUGAUAAUACAGAAUCACAUGUAAGUGGAAUGAAGGGUAGUAGCACUCAUGAAAUAAUAAGCACAUUGCCAGAUUUAGAUGAUAACGAAAAACCAAACAUCACCAAUGGAAAUGAUAAGCAUGAGCAUGAAAAUAAUCAGGUAGCAAAUGAAGAUAAAAAUGACCAAGAUCAAAAUAAUUCUGACGAAAUCGAAGAAAAUAAAGACGAUGCACAAUCGCAGAAGGAACACGUUCCUGAAAAUAAAGAAGAAAAUCACGCAGACCAUACCAAUAAUAAUGAAUCUAAGGUUAGUCCUAAAGAAGAAAACAGUACUCAAGAGACAACUGAAGAGAUUGCAAAAGAAGAAAAUAAUGAAAUUGAACCACAAGCAGAUAAAGUAGAUGAAUCUGACGAACUAACUAAAAAUGAAACUGAAGAUAAUGACAAAAUUAAAGCGUCAGACAUAUAUGGCAGUGAUAAUGUUGAAAUUAAGAACUCUGUCGAAGAAAGUAAUGAAAUUUUAAGUGACCACGAUCAUGAUCAUGAUCACGAUAAAAAAACUAGUCAUAAAAAUGCUGAUAAAAUUAUUGAAAAAAUUGAAAACAACAAAGAUGUAAAUGAAAAACAAGAAACUGAAGAAGAAAAUAAGGAAUCCACGUUAGAUAAUGAAAACAAUUCAUCAAUUAUAAAUAAAGGAAACGCUCGUCAACAUACCAAAGAGUUGAGACACAGCGCUAAAAAUAGAGACGAUAUUGCCAGGAUGAAUGAAGUGAAUCAAAGUAAAAGUCAACAGAAUCUAUCUAAUGAUUUAAUCAGUGUGGAAGGAGAGGACAAAUCAAAUUCUCCGAUCGAUGAAGGGAACCAAACCAGCGGUCGAAAUAAUCAAGAAAAUUUUAUAGAGGGUGUAAUAAGUAGUGAAGCUGAGCAAGAGACAUUAGAUGCAAGCAUUUCCCAAAAAAAUGAAUCUGUAAAGGAGGAAAUUUUAAUCGUUGACAAUGAAAUUGAUCCCGAAGUAACUGACUUAAUAAAUACUGCGAAUAUGGAGAUGUUGGCUACACUAGUUUUGAAUGGAGAAGGCGCGAGAUUAAUGGGUCGAUAUUCAGCCAAUCAAGAGUUGCAAGCAUUUUUAGAAAAUGUACCUGUAUAUAUGAAAAAAAUUAACAAGGUGCAUAUCGCUGCAAAAGAUGGAAAUCUAAAAGACCUUCAAGCAGCAUUAGAUAGAAGAAAAUUUGCUAUUGCGCGAGACCCUAUAUCACCUAAUGGCGCUACACCCCUACAUGUAGCAACGGUUUUUGGGAAAACAAAUAUAGUAAAAUACUUAGGAGGCAGGUUCCCAGAAACCUUGUCUGCAGUUGAUUUUGAAGGACGCACAUCAUUGCAUUAUGCUGCAGUGUUACCUGAUAAUGGUCAUUAUUAUAAUUUACUUCAACAAUUAGGAGCUAAUUCUAAAGACUUGGAUGAUAUGGGGCGAUCAGCAGAAGACUAUUAUAAGAAUCCAACAUUACUUCCCAUAAAUCAAUUGCUGUCUGAUUUUGGUGUAAGUGAAGAAAUAGCCAAAAAUAUUUUCUCUGAUAAAGGUAUUAGUCAAACCACUAACGGCCUGACCGCCACUCCUAUAUUUCAUACCGACGAGGGCAGAUAUCUCGCUAAGUCUCUCGGGGAUCCUUUAAUCAAAGGUCUGACCGAGGUGGCCAAUAUCAAACCGAAAGAUCCAGUUGCUUUUCUUGCGUCGUUUUUGCACAAUUUUCCUGAACACGAGAAGCCUCGAGUCGGAACGCAGGAAUCAAACAUAUUGGUAACGAAAGGUGGACCCGAAGUUGAGAACGACCAUCCACCUCCAAUAGAAGACAACAUGGUAGAAGACUUAAAACAAAAACAAAGGAAUAGAACUGCUACUAUACCGAACCGACCUAUAGAUGUGAUAGCCGUAGAUCCUGAUGUCAGGAAAAGUCCUGCCGCACCAGAAGUAGCACUUACGAGUGACAAUAGAGAUGAACAUGGCCAAUCCAUGUUGCACUUCGCCGCCGCUCGAACGCACAGCAACAACGCUCUGCUCCAGAUACUGCAAGAAGCUGAUGUGAGCUUGGGCUUCAGGGACGAACUGUACCGGACGGCCCGCGACAUCUCCAUUCAGGCCAACGUCUUGGACAACACCGCGCAGAUCGACAAAUACGUGCUGCAGUUGACUGCUCGAGGGAACACGGAUAAAAUAAUGGAGCUGCUGCUACUGGGGUACGACCAUAUCCUGGACGUGGUGGACGACGAGGGAGUGCCCAUAGCGGAGGUGAUCGGGCAGAGAGGGGAUAGUGAGAUGGGAAACCUGCUAGCUUCCAUACCGACGUUUGAAGAAACACGAGACGCUGUACACAGAGCAGCCCGUUCCGGAAACAUGAGUACCCUCAAGAACCUUGUAGCAGGGGAAGGGGGACGCACCUUGGUCCGCGCCCGAAACACAUUCGGUCGCACCGUGUUGCACACCGCAGUGUUGGCACAGAAGGAGGAAAUUGUUGCUUACCUGGCUGAGAAGUAUCCGGAGUUGCUGACGAUAGGGGACAAUCUCGAACGCACGCCAUUACAUUAUGCGAUGGGCGUCGACAAGAUGGAGUCCCUCAGCCACGUGCUCAUCAAAGCCGGCGCUAAACGCGUCAUAAAGGACUUGAAGGGUCGCCAGCCCUCCUACUACUUCAUGAACAAAUCCGAUAUACUACGGCUAAAAGAGGAGGAGGAGGCUUAUUAAGUGCCUAAUUUCACCAACGUCUGAGCCUGUAGCCAAGAAAUUUACUUUAUCGCUUUGUUAUAGAAUCGCCGAUCAAAAUUUAUGGAAUUAACAGUAGACGAGUUGAACAUCAACUUCAUAAAUUAACGAACGCUUAUGUCAAUUCCAUACAUUUUGAUAGGAAAUUUUCAA